GACCCGUAGAUGCGUGAAGUAGCGCGAAAAUGCAUUUAUUUUUCGGCGGCGUCAUGACUCGAACGUAGAAAAAGUUUGGACGUUUAAAAAUUCUCAGUUUCGACAAAAUGUCUCAUUAACUUUUCGGCCUCUUUUGAAAAUUCCAAAAUUCCAAGUGUCGAGCAGUAUUUAAAAAAUUACCAAGUCACAUAAUCCAGGAAAACCAUCAAGCAAUUCAAAAUGUAUAAAUUAGAUUGGGUGUAAAAUGAAUGUGAAAAACAGCGCGAGUGUAUAUCAAUCCACGUGGGGCAAGCUGGAGUGCAGAUCGGCAAUGCCUGCUGGGAGUUGUACUGUCUGGAGCACGGGAUACAGGCCGACGGGACGAUGCCCUCGGACAAGACCUCCGGUACCAACGACUGCUUCGACACUUUCUUCAACGAGACCAGCAAGGGCAAGAUGAUACCCAGAGCCAUGAUCAUCGACCUCGAGCCCACCGUCAUCGACGAGAUUCGCAACGGAACGUACAAACAGCUUUACCAUCCGGAGCAGCUGAUCAGCGGCAAGGAGGACGCGGCGAAUAACUACGCGCGCGGGUACUACUCGGUGGGCCAGGAUAUCAUCAACCUGGUGACCGACCGGAUCCGCCGUUUCACCGAGCAGUGCCACAGUCUUCAAGGCUUCUUCGUUUUUCACUCGUUCGGCGGUGGCACCGGCUCGGGAUUUAGUUCUCUGCUCAUGGAGAAGCUGAGCAACGACUACGGAAAGAAGAGCAAGCUCGAGUUCACCGUUUACCCGGCGCCACAAGUAUCGACGGCGGUGGUGGAACCGUACAACUCGAACCUGUCGACCCACGCGACGAUCGGUCACUCGGACUGCACGUUCAUGGUGGACAACGAGGCGAUCUACGACAUCUGUCGCCGCAAGCUCGGCAUCGAGCGCCCGAGUUACCGAAAUCUCAACCGACUCAUCAGCCAGGUCGUCUCCUCGAUCACGGCCUCGCUGCGCUUCGACGGCGCGCUCAACGUCGACCUCACAGAGUUCCAAACGAAUCUUGUGCCCUAUCCCCGCAUCCACUUCCCGCUGGCCUCGUACGCGCCCGUCAUCUCCGCCGACAAGGCCUACCACGAGGGCAUGUCCGUCGGCGAAAUUACGAGCGAGUGCUUCGAGCCUGGGAACCAGAUGGUCAAGUGUGAUCCUCGAGAGGGCAAGUACAUGGCCUGCUGUCUGCUCUAUCGAGGCGACGUCGUGCCCAAGGACGUCAAUUCGGCCAUCGCCAGUGUCAAGUCCAAGAGCAGCGUGCGAUUUGUCGACUGGUGUCCCACAGGCUUCAAAGUGGGAAUUAACUAUCAGCCGCCAACUAUCGUUCCCGGUGGAGAUUUGGCAAAAAUACAGCGAGCUGUCUCUAUGCUCUGCAACACUACAGCCAUCGGCGAGGCUUGGUCCAAGCUGAAUUUGAAGUUCGACCUGAUGUUCAAUAAGCGCGCCUUCGUCCACUGGUACGUCGGCGAGGGCAUGGAGGAGGUCGAAUUUAUCGAGGCCCGCGAGGACCUCGCCGCUCUCGAGCGAGACUACGAGGAAGUCGCCACUGACUCCAUCAUACCGUCAGACAGCAACGAGUUCUAGUUGAAAACUUUACGUCCUUAUUCUUUGUACCAAUCGUGUUUUUUUUUCUUUUUUUCUUUUUUUCUUUUUUUUCAUUAAAUUGUAUCUAAAAUAAGCCAAAGCAUAAGCGUUUUUUCAACAUUUUAAUUAAUCUCUUUAUAUAAAAAAAAAUUAUAAAUUAUCAUGUGAAUAGGCCCGGGGUGGAUUACAGUAAUUUAUUGGUGUUGAAUGUUUUUCAUUUCCAUAUUCUUGCUUUUUCUCGUCGUCAUUAAAAUUACGUAUUUUAAACAAUUGA